AUGGCUUCACUCACCAUGACAACCGUAUCCUUAUCAGGGAUAAACCUAUCCGGGAAACAAUCAGUCAAUGGCCGGCGUGUACUCAUCGUUGCAAAGGCAUCCAAUGCUAGUGAACCUGUGCCAGCAAAGUCGAGUUACAACAGUAAUGCUGGCGACAGCAACAAAGAAGGCAAAAACGCAAGAAGGGAGAUAAUGUUGGCAGCUGCAGCUGCUGCUGCUUGUUCUCUUGCUGGAGUUGCGUUUGCCGACGAGCCUAAGAAUGGGAGCGCAGAAGCUAAGAAGGCAUACGCACCCAUCUGUGUUACCAUGCCAACUGCUCGCGUUUGUCGCGGCUAA